AGACGUGUGUGCACGUCAAAACACCACGUGACUGGCGACGUCGUUAAGGGCGACAGUUACUGAAAUCAGCAUGUGAACCGUCUUACUUUCUACUUGUGGGCUGUAAACGAGACGGUAGACUGUAGCUGUUGAGUGAGCCGUCAUUAAAACUAUCAAAUCAGAAAGAGACAUAAGCAAAGGAAGGUGCUGGUGCUUUACUGUAAAGCCAAGAUGGAACUGAAACAAGAGACAAGUCAGAUUGAUAUUAUGGAGAAAAUGGCUGUAAAUAUUAAAGAGGAAGAUGACUGUGAAUGGAAGUCUAUCCACCCUAAACAAGAGAGUCUGGGCAGUAAGGAUGAAACCUAUGAAUUGAAGUCAUCGGGCAUUAAAGAACAUAAUGAGAUUUCUGUCAACAUUGAGACACAGGAAUGGAAAAUUAUUAAAUAUGGUGAUGUCAAGGUGAAGUUUGAAUCAUUAAAUUCUGACACAAAGAGGACUGAGGAAGUUUCAUCUCUUAAAGCUCCUGAAGAUCAACCAUCACCUUCAAAUCAGUCUGGAAAAAGAAACAAGCCUCACUACUGUUUGGAAUGUGGCAAACGAUUUUGUACUUCAAGGAAUCCUCGGAGUCGCACAAGAAUUCAAACAGGAAAGAAGCAGCAGUGCUGUUUGUCAUGUGGCAAACAAUUUUUUAACAGAAGUACUCUUCAGGAAAAUGCUAAAAUUCAUACUGAUGAUAGGCCAUAUUGCUGUUUGGAAUGUGGCAAACAGUUCCACGACAAGAGUAAUCUUCGGAAACACACUAAAAUACACACUGGAGAGAAGCCAUAUUGCUGCUCUGAAUGUGGGAAACACUUUUCAUUGAAGAGCACCUUACAGAGACACACUAAAAUUCAUACUGGAGGGGAGAUGUAUUGCUGCUCGGAAUGUGGAAAACAAUUCUCUCAAGUCACCAGUCUUCAGACCCACACAAGAAUUCAUACUGGAGAGAAGCUGUAUUAUUGUUCUGAAUGUGGCAAACAGUUUUUAAAAAGGAGCCAUCUUCAGAACCACAAAAGAAUUCACACUGGAGAGAAGCCAUACUGCUGCUCUGAAUGUGGGAAAUGUUUUUCUCAAAGUAGUCAUCUUCAGGUUCACAAAAAAAUUCAUACAGGAGAGAAGCCAUAUUGCUGUUCCGAAUGUGGUAAACAGUUUUUGCAUAUGAGCAGUCUUAAAAGACACAUUCCAGUUCACACAGGAGAGAAGCCGUAUUGCUGUUCUGAAUGUGGCAAGCAUUUUUCUCAAAGUAGCAGUCUUUGGAGUCACAAAAAAAUUCAUACGGGAGAGAAGCCAUAUUGCUGUUCUGAUUGUGGCAAACAGUUUACAGACAGGAGUGGUUUUCAGAGCCACAAAAGAGUUCAUACAGGAGAGAAGCCAUAUUACUGUUCUGAAUGUGGUAAGCAGUUUUCUCAGUGGAGCAGUCUUCAGAGCCACAAAAGAAUUCAUACUGGAGAGAAGCCGUAUUGCUGUUCCGAGUGUGGCAAACGGUUUUCACACAAGUGUAAUCUUCAGAGCCACAAAAGAAUUCACACUAGAGAGAAGCCUCAUUGCUGUUCUGAAUGUGGGAAACAAUUCUGCAGUAGGAGCACCCUUCAGAGACACACUAGGAUUCACACUGGAGAGAAGCCAUAUUGCUGUAAUGAAUGUGGUAAACGAUUCAGUCAAAGGAGUAAUCUACGGAGUCACAUUAGAGUUCACGCUGAAGGAAAGUCAUAUUGCUGUAAUAAAUGUAGCAAACAAUUCUGUGACAGGAGUAGUCUGAAGAUCCACAAAAAAAUUCACAUUGGAGAAAAGUCUUAUUGUUGUAAUGAAUGUGGUAAACACUUCUGUAGCUGGAGCAGCCUUCAGAGCCACAAAAGAAUUCACACCGGAGAAAAGCCGUAUUGCUGUUUGGAGUGUGGCAAACAAUUCCGUGACAGAAGUACAUUUCAAAGCCACAAAAGAAUUCACACAGGAGAAAAGCCAUUUUGCUGUAAUGAAUGUGGAAAAAGAUUCUAUCACAGUGGUAAUCUUCGGAGUCACAUUAGAUUUCACACCAGUGAAAAGCCUUAUUCCUGUAAUGAAUGUGGCAAACAAUUCCGUAGCAGGAGUAAUCUUUGGAGCCACAAAAGAAUCCACACUGCAGCAAAGCCAUAUUACUGUUUAGACUGUGGCAAACAAUUCCGUGACAGAAAUACUCUUCACAUCCACAAAAGAAUUCACACAGGAGAGAAACCAUUUUGUUGUUCAGAAUGUGGCAAACAAUUCCGUCGCAGGAGUACUCUUAAGAGUCAUAUUAGAAUUCACACUGGAGAGAAGUCAUAUUGUUGUAAUGAAUGUGGCAAACAGUUUUCACGAAAUAGCACUCUUCAGAACCACAAAAGAAUUCACACUGGAGAGAAGCCAUAUUGCUGUUCUGAAUGUGGUAAACAGUAUUCACAGAUGCGCAGUCUUAAGAAACACUCUACAGUUCACACAGGAGAGAAGGAGGAAGUCUCGAAGGAGUAAGUUGACAGGUGAAGAAGGAAACAACAGAGGAAGUAUGCAAUGCAUCCCUCUACUGAAGUUACAAUGAAUACCUUUAUGUUGGGUGUUUUAUUGUACAACAUUUAUAACAAUACUCAUCAAGGCAAUCGGUCCUGCAAGUAUGAAUAGUAUCUGUAAUUCAUACUGGUCACUUAUCUUAAUGGAUAGAAAAGUGCCCAGCCUUUGCCUCAACACUCUGGUAGUGAUUGUGAUGGUGCAACAUUUUUAGAUGAAGAGAAAACUUCCAAUGUGGUGGAAGUCCAGAUGGAUAGUCUUUCUGGCCUUACCACAGUGGAAGUGGAACAACCACAAAACAACAACUUAAGCAAGAAAUUAAAAGGGCUGUUGAAUAGUUAAAGAUUAAGAGGAAAUCAUGUACUGCUACCUUUAUGUAACAAAUCCAGAAGGUCCAACUAAAGGAUAUGCCAGGAGGGUUUGCAAAACUUGUAAUCACACCAUCCAAAUUAAGAUAACUAAUGUCAACCUGAGAUCUGUAGUUGGAAUGAAAAGUGAAUAAGUCAAGAGUAAAUAGAAUACCCACAAAGAGAGUAAAAGAUUAAAUAAUGCAGAAGAAAGGCAAGAUCCAAUUAUGAGAACUAAUGAGAGUAGAAUGGGUGGCAACAUUAAAGCAUAAAAAAACAAACUAAGUUAAAGACAGAAAGCACAUAUUUGAAAAGAAACUCAGAAAAAAACUCCCAAAUAUGAAUGUACACACUUGGAAAAUGAUCAUCAGGUAGAAAGUGAAUGUUCUCAUAAGCAACCAAUUGUCAAAUAAUGAGUUAUAUGUCUUAAAGGAGCUGAAAAUGGAAGGGAUGUGAAUUACUGUGGAAAGUUCCUCUGUUGAUUACUUUGGUUCAUGUACAUUAUGUUGUUACAAUUAACUGUAGUGUGUGCGUGAAUGUCAGUUAUAUCUGCUUUAUUAUAUCCACCAUGUACAGCUUUACCUGAAUGUGUGUACAGUGCCCAGCAUAACUGAGUACACACCCAAAAGAUAUUUCAGAAAAUCAUUUAUCUCCCUAUAGAAUUGAUAUUUUCUGUGGGAUUCUAUACCAUAAAACAGUCCAGGAAAUCUGGUUUAUUGUUUGUAAAUUAGAUUUGUCAGUACAAAAACAAAAUUUAACUAUGUUUAAGAAAAUUAUUUAAGGCCAGGGUGCAAAAAUUUAGUACACCAUAUUGAAAGUCUUAGGCAUAACGUUUAAUCAAAUGAAAAUUAACAGGAAUUCAACAUUAAAUGAGUGUAAUCAAUCAUUACACAGGUGAUCACAGGAUAUUUGAUAAUUCUUCUUCUUCUUCUUCUUCAGGUUGAUGUGUGUGAUCAACUUUCUCUAUACAGCUCAGUCCUGCACCCCCCUCACCAGUAAAGCACUUUUCCUUCAAAUGUUCUUUUACUUUACCUACCCACAUCCGUUUUGGCCUCCUCACUUUCUCCUCCCCUGUACUACCAAUUUCAUCACUCUUUUGCCCACAUAUUCAUUCACUUCUCAUCUCACGUCCAUGCCACUUUAACCUCCUUUCCUAUACUUAGAUAUCUCUCCCACUUUUGUAGUUUCUCUGUUUGUCUCAUUUGUUAUUUUGUUAUUUGCUUUUGUAACUCCACACAUCCAUAACAACAUUCUCAUUUCUGCCACAUCUAACUUCUUCUCCUGCAGUUCCUUUGUUUCCCAUGUCUCAUCUCUAUACAUCAUUGCUGAUCUUUCAACUGUCUUAAAAACCUUACCUUUAACCUUCAACUUACUUCUUUAAACACAGAAUACUCCUGAUACCUCUUCCAAUUAUUCCACCUGCAUUGCACUCUUUGGGAUAUCUCUGCAUGUAAGUUUCCAUCUUGGGCUAUCACUUAUCCUAGAUAUUUAAAUUUAUCCACUCCCUGAAUACUAACUUCUGAAUCGCUUAUCAUCAUUAAACCUCAAAUAUUAUGUCUUCUUCCAAUUUAUCUUCAUUUCUCUAUCUUCCUGAGCACUUCUCCAUUCUUCCAACUUCUUCUUUUCAAGUGCUACAAAACACAAUGUCAUUAGCAAAAAGCCUUCACCAGGGGGAUUAGUCUUUUAUCCCAUGACUCAAUGCAUCCAUAACCAGAUCAAAGAUGUAAGGACUUAAAGAAGAUCCCUGGUGCAGAC